AUGAACUACAACUAUGGCCCCAGACAGCAAACCAACGAGGAACGGGCGGCCGCAUGGAACCAGUUGCCUAGCGGGGCCCAGGAUGGGAAUUUUGAAGGAUUGAAUCUGGGUACUCCUGUAUUCUCAAAUUCGCCAGCGGAGAGCGCAGUGACAGGCUCGUCAUCUGAUCCACAACACGAUGCUGAGCAAGACCCGUCAUUUUCUCAACCCCAGUCCGCCCCGCCAGCGCCUCAUAUCCACUACGCGUCUGGACCUGACCUAUCAUCAACUCAACCAUACAUUUCUGGAACCCCUGGCAUCAGUGAAAUGCUGGAUGAGUCUUGGGCCGACCCUUAUGCUGGUAUCCAGGGCGGCGGUUCAGAGGCUAUGUCGUAUGAAUCUCCAAGUAAUUUUCUCCCUGCAGAUCCAGGCUCGUCAGGAGGGGGUGCAGACAGGAGCUCACCAUAUUCUCGGCCCAACGUGUCUGCUCAGCCCUCGCCAGCUGCUCAACCGCCUUACCCUGCGCCACAUCCGUAUCAGCACGGAGAAUUCAGCGGUGCGCAAUCCGCUGGGCUGCACGUCGAUCCACAUCAGCAAGCCGGAGGACAGUCAAAGAGAACGCACGACCACUUGAGCCCCUCCAGCGAAGAGGGUCGGCGAUGGAAAGGCAAGCAGCGCCAAGUCAGCCCGGAGUGGCAGCAAGGAGGCCAAGGCCAGACCAGUGCACCGGGCGCCGGUCAGGUUGUGUACGGCCUAACAGAGAGCCCUGGCCCAAGUGCGAGCUUCACCGACCCGAGCCAAGCUGGCGGAGGAUAUGUCACCCAACCCUGGGGCGCAAUCGGCACACAAGGCGCCUCUCAACAUCAGUAUGUCCCGCAGAACAUUGAUCCGAGAGCGCUCUUGUUCAACCAGAGUGGAGCUGGAGCCGGAUACGCCCAGCCCCAAGGCGAGAGCAGUUUCCCAGGCGCGGACUGGAGACAAGCCGGCGCACCGCCAGCUGCCCGUGAGCCUCCGAGGCCUGCGCUCGUACCACCUCCCCUGGAGAAUUCACAUUCCAAGUGGGACGUCGAAAAAGACUACGACUUGCUGGAGGAAAUUAUGUCCGGUCAUGAAACCCUGGAGGAGGCCACGGCGGACCUGGAAAAGAAGCUUAAACGGCACGCGAGCGCAUGCCGGCUCAAAUGGAACGAACUGGGUCGAUUCUGGGAGAGGGGGGAAGACGACUAUUUGCGCCGCCUUGAACAGGAACCCAGGAACUGGGAGGUCUUUGCGGAGGCAUACAACAGGACUAGCCCCUUCCAUCGGACCAAAAAAGCGCUUAAGGCUCGCUAUAGGCUGCUUGCGCGAUGCGACAGGCCUAAAACUCUGGGAAACCCGAGACCUUAUUGA